AUGAGGUUCCGAGCUAUGCUGGUGGUAAAGUUUCCCAUGCAACACAGUUCUCAAACCGAUUCCUCGAGCAGGAUGGGUUUACUAAUUUCCCGGCAAUCAUCCUCGAAGAAGCACAGUUCUAACUCGAAACCUGGGCAAGUGGAGGUAGGACCAGUUCCGCGCGCAUUAUAUCUCAUCUUAAAAAUCUAUUGCGCACGCUCGAAAGAUGCACACACAUUUGUAGGGGCGUUUGCAGCACAAGUGGCUAGAGCCUUUGGCAAAUUUUCGUUCGCAAAGCUUAAUGAUAAUGAUAAUGUUGAAUCAGUUUUCGAUAUUUAA